UUUGAUGCUAAGAACAAACGAACAAAAAGCACCUUGUUUCAGCUGACAUUGUUUUUCCUGAUUCAAAGUCACAAUCUUUCACUUGUCUAUGGCUUCCUCUCACUUUCUCUGCAGUAACCAUGUCUUCCCCACUUCUCAAAACCCCUUCAGAAGCAGCCAGUUACCUCAAUUCAGACCAAAUGGCUCAUCCAAUUUUCAUUUCAAGCUUAGACCCCAUUUGGUCAAAGCCAUGGUUUCUGAUUCCAACACUUCCAGGAAACAACUAGAGGUUGUGUAUGACCAUGAUGAAAGGAUAAACAAGUUGGCUGAUGAAGUGGACAAGAAUGCUCCCCUUUCAAGGCUUACCCUGUUCUCUCCUUGCAAGAUAAAUGUUUUUUUGAGAAUGACCAACAAAAGGGAAGAUGGGUACCAUGAUUUGGCAUCCCUAUUUCAUGUGAUAAGUCUAGGUGACACCAUUAAGUUCUCUUUGUCGCCUUCAAAAACCACCGAUCGCCUGUCAACCAAUGUGUCUGGGGUGCCCCUUGAUGACAGAAAUUUGAUUAUUAGGGCUCUUAAUCUUUACAGGAAGAAGACUGGCAGUGACAAUUUCUUUUGGAUUCAUCUUGAUAAAAAGGUCCCCACUGGGGCUGGGCUUGGUGGAGGAAGUAGCAACGCUGCAACUGCACUAUGGGCAGCAAAUCAAUUCAGUGGUUGUCCUUCCACAGAGAAAGAGCUCCAAGAAUGGUCAGGUGAAAUUGGAUCUGAUGUUCCCUUCUUUUUCUCUCAGGGAGCAGCCUAUUGCACUGGUCGAGGUGAGAUUGUUGAGGAUAUUCCCCCACCAGUAUCUUUGGACAUUCCAAUGGUUCUGAUAAAACCUCCACAGGCAUGUUCAACUGCAGAAGUUUACAAGCGUCUGCGGUUGGACCAGACUAGUAAUGUUGAUCCUUCAACAUUGCUGGAGAAGAUCUCAAGGAAUGGUAUAUCACAAGAUGUUUGUAUUAAUGAUUUAGAACCUCCGGCAUUUGAAGUUCUCCCUUCUCUUAAACGACUAAAGCAGCGAAUUACUGCAGCUGGCCGUGGAAAAUAUGAUGCUGUCUUUAUGUCAGGAAGUGGAAGCACUAUUGUUGGAAUUGGUUCACCUGAUCCUCCACAAUUUGUUUACGAUGACGAUGAAUAUCAAGAUGUGUUCUUGUCAGAUGCCUAUUUUCUCACUCGAGAGCCAAAUCAGUGGUACAGAGAACCUGCUUCAAGUCCUGCCGCCUCUCCUUUUGUUUCUGAGACUGUUUAGUUUAUCAUCUUGUUAGAUUUUUUUUUUGGGUACAAUCAUCUUGUUAGAUAAUAUGAUAGUCAUGUAAUAUUGCAAUAUCAUGUCCUUCCUGAUUCAUUUAAUGAUGUGAACAUUUAAGGUUUCUUGCAUUAACGGUUGGGAAUAAAGUUUUUGGAAGCA